CUCUGCUCUGAUUGGUCAGAAAGGAACGAAGUCCGACUAGGGGGGCGGGGUCUUUGGGUCGCGAACAGGAAAAGAAAGCGGGAGGACCUUCGACAGCAAAACGAUGGCUGCGAUUCGCAAGAAGCUGGUGAUUGUCGGAGACGGAGCAUGUGGAAAGACCUGUCUGCUCAUCGUCUUUAGUAAGGACCAGUUUCCUGAGGUCUACGUCCCCACAGUGUUUGAGAAUUAUGUCGCUGAUAUCGAGGUAGAUGGUAAACAGGUGGAGCUGGCACUGUGGGACACAGCAGGACAGGAAGACUACGACAGACUGAGGCCACUCUCUUACCCUGACACUGAUGUCAUCCUCAUGUGCUUCUCCAUUGACAGCCCUGACAGUCUGGAGAACAUUCCAGAGAAAUGGACCCCAGAGGUUAAGCAUUUCUGUCCGAAUGUUCCCAUCAUCUUGGUGGGAAACAAAAAGGACCUUCGGAAUGACGAACACACCCGGAGAGAGCUUGCCAAAAUGAAACAGGAGCCUGUUAAAGGAGAAGAGGGCAGAGACAUGGCCAACCGCAUCAACGCCUCCGGCUAUCUAGAGUGUUCUGCCAAAACUAAAGAUGGUGUGCGGGAAGUGUUUGAAAUGGCCACAAGGGCGGCGCUGCAGGCCAAGAAACGUAGCAAGAAGAAUGCUUGUGCUCUUCUAUAAAGGAAGAUAAGGGAAUAACAAGGGAGUAUGGGAGGGAGGGACAGAUAUACAGACCAUUGAUAGGGAAAAAUGCAGAAGUGAGGGGAGGGAAGGGUGGAAAGAGAGUAAAAGUGAGUGUCCCCGGGGGUAAGAUAAACAGCUGGGGGGGGCAAAGCAGGCCAAAGAGAGUGGGGUAACAAUGUAAAAGGGAUUGAGCCGUUUUUCCUCCCCUUGCUGUUCCUAUAGCAACGCUCAUGAGUUUGAGAACAGUCAUGUGCUUCCAUCAGCUGUUUAGAACCAUAAUGGAUGGAAGGAAUCAUGUGGUCUAUUUCAUUUGGAGAACUGCUCAUUUUACACACACACACACUCACUCACGCAAAACACACUCACACACACACACACAAUAGUGGUGUUUAACAUGAUCAGUGCUGUAGUCUUGCACACUCUGAAGUACACUCAGUAAUUUGGAGGUUUAUUCACUCCAGAGUCAAGCGCAUUUAGCCGUAACAAUACUAACACCUCACUUUUUUAUACGCUCGAUUAUGUACUGUAACAAAAGCUGUUUCAGGUCGAUUAGAGCGAAGAAACUCGAACCUGCAGCUCCAGAUGUUCACCGUCUGUCCACUGUUUCAGCUGUAAGGACACCGUGUCUCAGAGUUUUAUAUUAUAUAUAUAUAUAUUAUAUAUUUCUAUAUAUUUUCCCUGGUGUUUUUUACUUCCUGUCUGUGCUUUAACAGUUACACGACAUUCUGAUGGCUUUUUCUGUAUCACUUUCAUCACCUUUUUAUCCUACAAAACAAUGUUUUAAGAUUUUAAGAUAGUUAGAAACAAAUCAGGAUUUUUUUCCCCCCAGAGUUCUUUAAUACCAUACUAUUAAAACACAUGAUUUCUGGUGUUUUUUUCCAAUUUGUUAUUAAAUGAAAAGAUUUUGACACGUCUUUUUGUAUACAAAAGCAGAUGGAAAAUAAACUGUGUAACCCGG